UCCUUUAACAUACAUUUGGAUGAUGGGAAAUAAUCACGUUGUAAUUACCACCAUAUUCUUCGCACUUAUCCCGCAAAAACCUCUAAAAGCUCUUGGAAAUGAAUGUUUUAUCACCGAAAGAACAGCAAAUAAAAACAGAAAAAUGAAAUCACAAACAUUUUGGACUUCAUGUGUUACACAAUGUUAGAAAACAUUCAUAUCUCAUCUUAUUUAUCAUCUUUUUCUUCUCUUUUUCCUUUUCUUUCAUUUUCCUUUAUUCUAUUCAUAGCCUAUAAUCAUCAUUUUCUUGCAAAUAGAAAAGAAAAAUAAAGGAUCAGAAACAACCCCCACAUUUCUCAUGUUCAUAGCACAAAGUGAAUAGCAAUCUUGAGAAUCAUGGCUUCUCUUUUAUGAAUAAAAAGAUUUCUCAGGAGAAAUUAUAGAGAUAUUAUAGAAUGUUUGGGUUCAGUAUAAGAACUGGCAGGCAAAAUGCCUCAGGUUCUCCAUUAUCAACAGGAUCUCCAUCAUCUGUUGGUUCACCAAAAACAGCAGGAAGUACAGGUUCACCAAGAGCAGAAGUUGGAGAAAUUGAUACAAGAGCACCCUUUCAAUCUGUGAGAGCAGCUGUUAGUUUGUUUGGUGAAGCUGGUUCUUCCCCCAAGGCUAAACCUACCAUUAAAAGAUCAAAAACUAUUGAAGAGAGGGUGCUAGAGAAGGAGAGCAGACUUCACUUGGCCCUAAGAGAACUAGAUAGUUUCAAAGAACAAAUAAGAAGUACAGAGACAACAAAAGCUCAUGCUCUCCGUGAGCUCGAAAAGGCAAAGAGAACACUCCAAGAACUCACAGGAAAGCUCGAGACUUUAUGCGAAUCGAAGCAAGCAGCCAUUGAGGCAACCGAAACAGCAAAGGCCCGAGCUAUCGAGCUCGAAGAAGAGAAAUCAAAUAAGCCUCCGGUAGGCACGGAUGCUUGGAAACAAAAUGUUGAAGCUGAAAGAGAACAAUAUCGAACAUCUUCAGGCGAACUAAAUUCCGCGAAACAAGAGCUAACGAACCUCCGUCAGGACUUUGACGCGGCCCUCGAGGCAAAAUUGUCCGCAUUUCAAGAAGCCGCUGACGCGCAACACAACGUGGCCAUCAACCGAGAGAGGCUAGGUAAGCUCUCAAAAGAAGUCACUACUUUACAAGAAACGUUAAGCCAAGUAAAGAUCGCGUCCCUCCAAGCGCAAGAGGAGCACGAAAAGCUUAUUUCGGAUAAAGAAGCUCACUUGCAUUCCCUUAGAACAGCUAAAGAAGAAGCAGAAGAGAAAAUCAGGGCACUGAAAGAGGACCCUGACUCUCAACUAGUGACCGAAAACCUCGUGGAAAAACUCGAGGUAACCAACGAGGCGAUCCAUGUAUUGCAAGAACAACUCAAUCAAGUCCGAGCCCUGGAUUUGGAUGCUUAUAAUAAAGCAAAUGCAGAACUCGAUGCAACAAAAAACACGUUGAAAGAGAUAGUCGCGGAGGAAAGUUCACUCCGAGGCCUCGUUGAUUCCCUUAAAAUAGAAGUUGAACAUGUAAAAGGUGAACUCUCCGAGCUCAAGAAGAAAACAGAGGAAACAGAGUCCCUUGUUGAGAACUUAAAAUUGGAUCUUGAAAAUAGCAAGAAGGAACUUGAAACAAGUAUUUCGGCGAAAACACAAGCAGAAGGAGAUUCCAAUGAUUUACCUUCAAGAAUCCAACAGUUAACUUCCGAGGCCAAUCAAUUUUCAAAAGAAGCUGAGGAGAUGAAGAAAAACGCCGAAUUACUCAGACAAGAAGCGAAAACAGCUAAAGAAACAGAGGAAAAAACAGAGGAAAGACUAAAAAUUGCACUAAAAGAGGCUGAAGAAGCAAAAGCAGCAGAGAAACUCGCGGACGAUAAGAUACACAACAAUACACCAAGAGCAACAACAAAAGAUGCAACUGAUAACGAAAAAUGUUCAUCAGAAUCAUCGUCUAACGGGAAAAUAAGACUAUCAGUUGAGGAAUUCGAAGCGUUGAAAAAAAGGGUUGAAGGGAUCAAGAAUGAUGCUGACAUAAAAGUUGCAACUGUCAUGGCACAAGUGGAAACAAUCAAUGCAAAUGAAAAACAAGCGAAGGAAAAACUCGAAGGGUUCUUGAAAGAGAAAGAAGAUAUCGAAACUGCAACACAAGAAGCAUUGAAGAGUGCAGAAAUGGCUGAAGCAGCAAAAUUGGUUGUUGAAGGAGAGUUGCAAAAAUGGAGACAAAAGGAACAACAAGAAGAGGAAGAAAUUGGUGAAUCAUCUAAUGGAAAUACUGAAGGGACAUGAGAAAAAAUUGCAAAAAUAAAAAGUAUAGUAGAAAUUACAUUAAGCCAAGGGAUCCAAAAAUGAGAAAAUUUUAUUUAAUUUGGUGUGAUGAUGUAUCGAUGAUGUUUUAAAUUCUUAAGGCAUUCAAAUGUGCAGAAAGUUGUAUGAAUGUCUAGCUACUUAGAAAGGAAAAAACACUUUGUUCCUCUUGGUUUCAAGUAUUGUUAAUUAACCUGUUUAAGCUUAAGUUUCUUGUAUAGCUAUAUGAAUAACCAAAGGCAUAAGUUCUCAGACAUGAUGCUAGAGGAGCUUCAUUUCCACUUUUAUUC